AUGGCAACAAACGGUAAUCUUAAUUACUCCAACCACUUCACCACAGCUUCCGAGACCAACGCUUCUACAGGUGCUUCCACGGCCGCACUGGACCAAUCGAGCUCCUCUACUGCUGCCGGCAGUCAAGUCGACCUUAGCAAGGAUGAGAUUGCCUGGUUUUUCGUUGAGCAAUACUAUACAACUCUGAGCAAGACACCCGAGAAGCUUCACCUGUUCUACGGCAAGCGAUCCCAAUUCGUCUAUGGACAGGAGGCCGAGGUUGCCAGCGUUUCCGUUGGCAGACAGGCUAUCCAAGAGCGGAUCAAGGCCCUCGAGUUUGGAGACCAGUGCAAGGUCCGCGUUAGCAACGUCGAUUCGCAGUCCUCCAACGAGAACAUCGUGAUUCAAGUUAUCGGAGAGACGUCUAAGAAGGCCGGUGAUGACCCCAAGAAGUUUGUUCAAACCUUUGUGCUUGCUCAGCAGCCCUCGGGUUACUUUGUCUUGAACGAUAUUCUCCGCUACAUUGACGAAGAAGGUGAAGAGGAGCCGCAAGAGCCUGCCGAUACAGAUGCUCCCGUGGAGCUGCCCGCAAAUGUCCAAGCCGAAGCUGAAGUAGAGGCCGAGCCUGCUCAGCCCGAGUCGGUGGCUGAGGAGCUCCAAGCGACAACUACACUCGAUCCCGGAGUGGUCAACGAGAAGUUGGAGGAGGUGACCGCUAAGGCCGAGGACACGGCAUCCGUCAACGGCGACUCCGCUGUCGAAACCCCCGCCGAACCGGCCGUCGCUGCCGAGGACGAAGCCGUCAAGACCGAAAGUGAGCCUCUUCCUGACCCCGAAAAGACCGCCAAGGAAUUGGAGGAGGAAGACACGAAGGAACCCGAAAAGCCCGCCGACCCGAGCCCGACCCCUGUGGUGAGCCGCCAACCACCGGCCCCGGCUGCCGCUGCCCCAGCUGCCGCCCCAGCGCCGGCCCAGCCCCCUAAGCCAAUGACCUGGGCGAGCCGUAUCGCUGCUGCAGCUGGAUCACGACCUGCUCCUGCGCUGCCGCUUUCCAAGGCAGCAACACCGCCUGCCGCCGCCACUCAGUCACGACCAGCUCAGGCUCCCUCGGCUCCCUCGCAACCGGCUGCUGCUCCUGCCCAAGCAACGGACGCCAGCGCUGCUUCCGCCUCCUCGAAAGAGUCUUCCGAGUGGCAAACAGCUGGAAGCGAGUCAAAGAGAAACAACCGGCCAGGAUCCAUCUCGGGUCCUUCAGCCGAGAAGGAGGGCGCGCUGGGCUAUGUCAAGUACGUCACCACCAAGGUCCAGCGCGAAGAGCUAGAGGCGGCAUUGGCUCAGCACGGUGAGCUGGUGUACUUUGACAUCAAUCGCCAGAAGAACUGCGCUUUCGUCGAGUUUGCCUCGCCCGCAGGUUACCAAGCUGCUUUUGCGGCCAACCCGCACAUCAUCAACGGCGAGAGCAUAACAAUCGAGCCCCGACGACCGAAGGCAAGCGCAUAUGGUGGAGCCAACUACGCAGGCCGAGGUGGCAUGCCCAACCGCGGUGCACGUGGAGGCUUCGAUGGUGGCCGACCGGGCAACCAGGCUGGGCGUGGAGGUUUUGAAGGUGGCCGGUCAGGCAACCAACCUGGACGAGGCGGCAUCGGUGGCCCAAACCGAGGACGUGGCGGUAUGCCUCCCCGUGGCAGAGGCGCCUCCCAAGCUGCCAAUGCUUAG